AUGGAGGAUAAAUCAAAAAUUUCUAAAAAUCCCCAAAAAGACGAUCACCAAGCCCCACAAACAUCCGCUCCAAAAACACCCCAAACCUCCCUUCCCACCCCCUCUACAGACCCUUCCUCCCCUUCCAAAUCCCCUCCAGACCCCCUCUGCCCCCUCCACUCCAAACCAAUAGAAGCCUUCUGCGAAGAAGACCACUCCCUCGUCUGCAUAACCUGCAUUCUCUCCCCCAUUCACAAAGGAAAAACCUUCUCCUCCCUCCAAGACGCCACCAAGUCCCAAACAGCCCAUAUAAAAACCCAAUACCAAAAAUCCCUCCAGAUCCUGACCUCCCUCCACAAGCAGAAGAAGGAAGCCACUCAAAAAUACACUGGGCUUUUAGAAACCUGUUCUACCAAGAAGGAUGAGAUCAUUGACUACUUCAACUCUUUAAGAGAAAUUAUUGAUAUUAAGGAACAGAAGUUAUUGAAGGAAGUCAGUGAGAAGGAACAAGUGGUCAGUGAACAGUUUGGGAAGAAGAUGAAGGCGAUGGAGGAACAGGAGCAGAGGUUGGAGGAGAUGAAGGGGUUGGUGGAGGAUGGGGAGGAUAGUAUCAAAUCGCAGAUAGAUUUUCUUAAUGAAUGAGAAGGUAGAAAUGAGAUUAUUGAGAAAGCCAACAAACCGAUUAAUGCGAUAAAAUAUCCUCAACCUCCCACUAGGUUCAGAGAUGAUAGGGAAACUGAAAGUAUAAUUAAAGAAUUCAAGCAAAGGAAGAAGCCUGCUAAGAAAAGAACACCAGCUCCUAACAAAAAUGCAAGUCAAACACCUUCAGUUAAUAAGAAUAAGCCAAAAGACCCUCCAAAGAAUUUUUCUCAAUCAAUGAAAGUCCCCAAAAAGGUAUCUCCAGAGAAAUCAAGUGUAACAAAGUCACCCCAAAUUCAGAAAAAUCCAAGCAUAAAUAACAAAAGAAAAUCUGAAGUAAUCACAACAAAGAAGGCCCAGAAUGAAUCUAAACCAAGUGUGAAGCCAUCUAAAAAUCUAAUUGAGGCCCGAAGAGAUCCUCCUAAAGUUAUCAAAGAGGCUCUCCAAAGACAAUGAAAGUCUAUAAAUGAAGAACUCAACAUCACCGAUGAUCUCAACGAGAGAGAAGAAGAAGAACUACUCCAAAAUAACCAAAGAAACCUUCAUAAGUUCUUAAGUUCCCGAGAGAAAGACUCCCAACCUUUGCCUCCAAAGGAGUUGUCUAAAAAUGAAAGGCCUAAGCCUGAGCGCCCACCAAGACGAAACAUGCAUAGCGAAAGUUUAAGUCAGAAAAAGGCCAGAGUCCCAUCAGCAAGUAGAAAAAUGUGGGACCGAAAACCAAGGAACCAAGAUAGAACCAAAAUGGCUGCUGAAAGGCCUCCAUCAGGAAAUGUCAAGGAUACUCACUCUUCGUAUAAAUAAAAGAAGAGCGGUCAAAGAAGUUCAUGACCAGGAACAAGGCGAGAACAGAGUUCAAGAAGAACCAGUUAAUAUUGACAGAUUAUCAGAUCUCCGAAACCGAAGAAAAGCACAAAAACAAGGGAAUAACGACCAUCUUUCAGAAGAAUUUAAAAAUCAGAUGAGUGAGCUAAACCAAGUCACAUCAGAUAUUCUAUCUCGUGAAACUUUCAUGCCUAAUUCUUUGCAAGAAAAUGAAUUUUGAAACCAGGAUGUAAAGAAUUUAGACGAAGAGAAACCUCCCCAAAUGAUGAGUCUGAGUGAUUGGGGCUUGAAAGAAAUUCUUCAAGAAUCUGAAGACCAAGAGAAAUUAAAAAUCCCUAUAAAUUCUGCCUCUAAACAAGCAUGUGAAAAGGUUAAGUCAGGGAGAAGACCCCAUGCUCCUCUGAAGAUAAAGAAGAAAGAUAUUAAAAUGCACAAGUAA